GGCAGUCCGCUCUUUGUAGCUUCGCGUAGGGGCCACAAGCAGAUAGUGCAACUGCUACUUGAAAGAGGCGCCGACGUCAACCUCGUCCUCGAUCGCACAUCCCAGUACCGCACCGCGCUCGAGGCAGCGACAGCGGGACGUGAAGAGGAUAUAGUACAGCUACUGCUCGACAAAGGCGCAACACCAAUCCGCACGUAG